AAUUUCUGGGUUCAAAAUAGUCAUUCAUUAAUGAGAAUGUUUAAGUUCACUGAGAACACAUUUAGGACUUUUUUUCUGUACUUUGGGAGCUACUUCCUUCUACAAUACAUCUCUAGCGUUAAGUCGGUUAACUUAUACUUUCGUUUGCGCAGUUUCACGUCAAGACCCGAGUUACGAUAACGUGGGAUACCAUAAGUCAACAAACGAACUAUUCAUGAUAAAGGACCUACGGGAAAAAUUAAAAUUUUUAAAGAAAGUCCAAAAUUUCCUAUAACACAACCUGCGAGUGAGCAAGCAGGCACUAGGAGCAGAAACUAAUAUCGUCAUGACGCACAGAAGAAGUCGAAGUGGAACUCCGCCUUCUUAUGGCACCAACAGCAAUGAUCCUCGCGACCUGGAGAGAAGGAUUUUUGUCGGCAAUUUGCCCACCGCACAUAUGGCGAAGAAGGAUAUGGAGGACCUGUUCAGGCCAUAUGGGAAAAUUCAGGCCUUGUCCCUGUUUCGUGGGUAUGGAUUUGUGCAGUUUGAACGGGCGGAGGAUGCGGAAGCGGCUAAAGCAGGACAUAAUGGUCGAAUUUAUAGAGGUUAUAAACUAGAUGUAAAUAUGGCAGCGGAGAGACGACAGAAAGCCAGGUCAAGUCCUCCACGCAGGCCGCCUGCUUACGGGGAUGGCAGAGAGCCCCGUCCCCGCUCCAGAUCCCCAAUUCAUGGCCGAGAUGUCCGCGACCACAGGGACGCCAGAGAGAUAAGAGAGCACCCUCGAGAGCCGCGUCCCGGACCACCUCGAGAUCAAGAUGAUGGACGCUACAGGACCUCGGAGGGCAGAGAGAAGGAUCCCAGAGAUGCUUCUUACAGAGAUGAUGGUUAUGACCGCUUUUACCGUGGUGAGUAUGACCCCUACCGCAAGAAGGAAGAUCUGUAUGCAGACCGCUAUAGGGAGCCCUGGAAUGGAAGGAGAGAACCAGAAGAGGAGCGGGUCCGUCCUGAGGAGCGCCGGAGAAAUGAACUGUAUCGGCAGUACUAUGAAGAGCUGCAGAGACGCUAUGAUGCAGAGAGGCCUGUGGAUUGCUCUGUUAUUGUAGUCAACAAGCAGCAAAAGGAGUAUGCAGAAACGGUGGGUCGAAAGGUGCGGGAUUUGGGCAUGGUUGUGGAUCUGAUCUUCCUCAACACGGAAGUUUCCCUGACCCAGGCUCUUGAAGACGUGAGCCGGGCUCGCACUCCCUUUGCCAUCAUCAUCACCCAGCAGCACCAAGUACAUCGUUCCUGCACAGUGAAUAUUCUCUUCGGCACGCCACAGGAACACAGGAACAUGCCCAUGCAGGAUGCCAUGGUCUUGGUGGCCCACAACUAUGACUCCUUCAAGAUGGAAAACCGCGCCAGGGAGCGGGACGAGAUUGCCAGAAAAGCCGCCAAGAUGGCCGACGACGUGCUGAUGAGGGAGCACGAGAGAGAAGGUCAUCCGGUUUCAUUACUGACUGCCAUCACACUGCUGUCUGAGGGCAGGUUCCUGACUCCUGAUGAAUUAACAGGGCUCAUUAACUACCUGCAAGACAAACGUGAUCGUCUGGUCCAAGGUAGCACAGAAUCUCACCUGGGACCUCAUCCAUCUGCUGUUCCAGUUACCCAUGAUCCGCAACCGCCCAGCCAGUCUCUUCCCCCUGCCUCCCACCAGGCACACCCACUCUCCACACACCCCAUCCACUCCACCCACCUUCCGCCUGUGGCCACGUCCACCACCAGCCAACAACAAGAGCUACAGGCCAAAAUCCUCAGCCUGUUCAACAGUGGCUCAGGCACUUCUGCAGCUCCCAGUACCGCUGCAACCCCCCAGUCCCAGGGAUACAGCUCCACCUUGGGCCAACAGAGCACGGGACUUUCUUCCUCUGUCUCCAACCCAGCUAUGCCUGCGCUGGCUACAGCUCAGCCUCAGGGCAUGCUGAGUCCCCGGCUGGGCAUGAGGCCCCCUGCUGGACGCAUGGCUGCACCACAGAGCCUCCAGAGGCCUGCUGUCAGCACAGGGACAGGGAUUAACUUUGACAACCCCAGCGUGCAGAAAGCCCUUGAUACGCUUAUUCAGAGUGGGCCAACACUUAACCACCUGGUAAAUUCCGGGAAUGUAGCAGCAGCACCCAGACCAGGCCAGAGCAUGGGCCAGGGCAUGAGCCAAGGAAUGGGCCAGGGCAUGAGCCAAGGAAUGGGCCAAAGCUUGGGUCAAGGAAUGGGCCAAAGCUUGGGUCAAGGAAUGGGCCAGGGUAUGAGCCAAGGAAUGGGCCAAAGCUUGGUUCAAGGAAUGGCCCAGGGCAUGGGUCAAGGAAUGGCCCAGGGCAUGGGUCAAGGAAUGGCCCAGGGCAUGGGUCAAGGAAUGGCCCAGGGCAUGGGUCAAGGAAUGGCCCAGGGCAUGGGUCAAGGGCCACCACAGGUGUCCCACUAUUCCCGGCAUUAUUGAGACCUAUGCACAACCUUUUGAUUAGAGUUUUAGUUCUUGCAAUUUUUUUUUUCUCCCCUAAAUGUUCUAUUUCUUAUUUGGUAAUGUGAUGACAGACGUUGUUUUUCCCCGAUAUGUACAAAAAUUAGUGACUUUGUUUUCAGUGGUACCAAGUAGAAAUGUAAUGGAUGUAAAUCUUUUCUGCAGCAUGGCAAGUCUGAUCUCAUACGAUUUGAAUAUUUCCCUUAUUUGUUUUAUAUAAAACUUACUUGUACAUAUGUUGUAAUUCAAUAAAUAAGUUUUGUGACAACUUUUGCUCUUCUACAUUGAAAGGGUAGGUGAACUGAAAUAAAGACUUUGUACACAUCAGUAAUAAAA